GUGAGUUUGUCUGUAGCAUAUAUCAGUUAUCAGUCAUUUUUUUAUCACUAAUUUAGAGUUUUUAUUUUGAAAUUACUAAAAAUUUCAAAUAUAUAUUUAAGUACGCUGUUUUUUUUUUAAAUCAUUAUCUGCGAUUUGACGAAGAGACACAAUGAAACCUUUCAUUCUUAUGUUAAUUAUACUUGUGGCCAAUCUUGAAGCCGCAACAAGAAGUCGAAACUACCUAAAGUACCGUGCAAGGCAACUACCCUUUCCGAAGCAGCCAGAAGGAAAUACGUGGGAAGAUGCAGAUGUCACGGAAGUAGAUGAACAAAAUGAGUUUCGGCUGUUAAACAAGCAAACAGACAAAAUAAACCUAAAAAAUGAAAUGGGAGCAGUAUUCAACAGUUCGCCAAAUCAGCCUCCAGCGAACGUAGUUCGUCAAUUCUAUCCUGGAUUUCCAGAAAAUAAUAUGAGCGUUAUUUUGAGACCCAAUCAACCUGAUGGGCUUUUUCAAUUUGGACAAACUAAAGAACCGGACAUGCCAUCGGAAGCUGAUCGACCGGAAGAGCAAGGACAAAUCGGACAACAGAUUCCUCCACCUGGAUGUUUAGCUGCUAGGGGACAGUUUCCGAGUAUGAAUAGCUGUUCUAAUUAUUUAAACUGUUGGGAUGAUAUUGUCAUUGAGCAGCCAUGUCCCAAUAACUUGCUGUUCAAUGAUAUGACUGGAUUAUGCGACUUCGAACAAAAUGUUAAUUGUGGUGACCGUCCUGGGCCUACUCCAAAACCAUCUUUACAACCGACCACUCGAAGAUGUCCAGAUCCUAAUGGACGUUAUAGGAGUCAAACAAACUGUUCGGAAUUCUAUAUAUGUUUGGCAGGGAGCCCAAUCAAAUUCAACUGUCCACGUGGAUUGGUCUACAAUGAUGAUGUGAGUGUUUGCGACUAUCCAUACAAUGUUGACUGUCAAGGUGCAGCAACACCUGAGCCAGUUUUAUUACACCCAAUUGGAAAUCCGAAUGGUUCAGAUAGUUUUUCGGAUGGAAAUUCAUUAAGUACUUCAUUUCCCAAUGAGUUUAGCAGUUCAUCCUCAAAUGGAUUAAUGCCAGUAAGUUUACGUCCUGGUGGUUUCCAAUCAGUAGAACCUUCUCGACCACCACCUCAAGUGACUUUUCCUCCUGGACCAUAUCCUCAAAACCAGUGGGGAUUAAGGUCAGAAAUAAGAAACCAACGGUCUACGGUUCUACUACCCGAACUGAAUGAUCAACAGCGCGAGAAAAAAAUCGUAACUGGAGAUAUUACUAAGCUUAUUCAAGAAGUUCCUGCAGAGACAUCGGUGGUCCAUGAUCAGAAGGGAACUGCACAUGUUAUUCCAACUGAAUGGACAAAACUUCCUUGUGAAAAUGAAAAAAUUUUACGGCUAGAUGAGGCAUGUACGAAUGUUGUUGUUUGCAAAAAUGGCAGACCACAAUUUAUAGCAUGUGAUGUAGGUUUUGCGUAUGAUCGAAUAUCUGAGUCAUGUAAAAAUUAUACUACUGCAAAGUGUGAUUAAUUUUCUUAAACGUAAAUACAAAUCUUUUAUAAUAAUAAAAAGGAAGACGUUUGUUUUCAUCACGAGUAAAUACAAAAACUACACAGAGAGAAAUUUAUGGUAACAAUUAUAUUAUAUUAUGGGGAUGGUUCCCAUAACACAUGGUAACUAGCCCUUGUAAAAUGUCAAUUAUAGGGACGGCACCCAUACAUAAUAUGAUAAGCAUUCCUGUCAAUAUGGGUAUAAUUCCUAUAUGAUAUCAGGA